GCGGUCUGGCCGAACGCCGCUGCUGCUGCAGGCGACGGUAAAGAGGGAGUUCGAGCAGACAACGAAAUGAAGACAGUGUGGACUAAGAACUUGCGUAAAUGUCCGCUGAUAUUAAAUUUGUAGCCUGGAAACUCAAAGAUAUUACUCCAUCAAGAUCUGAUAUGAUGUCAGAGCAGAAGUCCAAGUAACUCGAUUCGUCAGCACUUGAAUAUCUCUGGCCUUUUACCGUGGAGGGGAAAAGGUUUCUCUGUACUUUGAUGGGCGAUUUGCGCAGGAGUUGCAGCCAGAUACAGUGCGAAGGCCAGAUCAGGAUCUGACCCCAUCCGUCCGGCCUUUGGUAACCUGAAUGUCGCUGGGUUUUGAACAUGGACGGACAAAGCCCCACUCGCAGUGGGGAGCGAUUGUACAUGUGUCCGGUGUGCAGGCGAGGCUUCAGACAGUCGUCUGCUCUGUCGAGGCACAAGCGCAGUCACGGCGUGCAGAAACCGUGGAAGUGCGGGGACUGUGGGAAGGGAUUCAUUUCCCCGUCAAAGCUGGAGACUCAUCGGCGGACUCACACCGGGGAGAAGCCCUUCACCUGCCCCGAGUGUGAAAAGGGAUUUGCGGACUCCUCGGCUCUCCUGAGGCACCGGCGCACCCACACCGGGGAGCGGACGUUCACCUGCUCCGACUGUGGGGAGGGGUUCACCCGCUCGUCCACCCUGCUGGCUCACCAUCGGGUUCACACUGGGGAGAGACCGUUCACCUGCUCCAUGUGCGGGAAGGGGUUCACUCAGCUGUCCAACCUGCUGACCCACCAGCGGGUGCACACCGGAGAGAAGCCGUUCGCCUGCGCCGAGUGCGGGAAGGGAUUCGCCGAUUCAUCCGCCCUGCUGAGGCACAAGCGAGUCCACACCGGGGAGAGGCCGUUCACCUGCUCCGAGUGCGGGAAGGGCUUCAUUCAGUCGUACAACCUGCAAAUACACCAGCGCACGCACACCGGGGAGAGACCGUUCACCUGCACGGUGUGUGGGAAAGGAUUUACUGACUCGUCCAGCCUGCUGACACACCAGCGGGUGCACACCGGGGAGAGGCCGUUCACCUGCUCCGAGUGCGGGAAGAGAUUCACCCGUUCGUCCAACCUGCUGACCCACAAGCGGGUUCACGGUCACCCGCAGUGACUGGGUUUUGAUCUUCAUCACACCCCGGACUGAACCACGUUCAUGGACUGGUGCUGCUGAUGUUGGUAAACUCCUGCCCGAGUAUUGGGCCCAAUAAAAGUCAAACCAUA